UCAACUUCCUGGUCUGCUUGUCUCUGGAAGCAAAGCCCAGCAGCACAUAGUCUGAGCAAGCUCUAAAGAUCCAGGCCUUCCAAAUCAGAUUGCUUCCUCUCAUACUGAAAAGACAAUGGCUUACAGUAACCUGGUCAGGUACUGGAACAAAGGAGUUUUAGCUCUAGAGAAGGGCAGUUGGGAAUCUGCCUUACGCAUCUUCUGCAGCAUUGAAAACCCUCCUUCAAAGAUCAACUUCAACAUCGGCUGCCUGCAUCUUGCAAGGGGAGAUCUGCAGCAAGCUCUGGAGGCAUUUGACCAAUCCAUUUCCAAAGACAAUUGCUUAGCCGUGGGUUUCUUCCAGAGGGGACAUGCUUACCUGUUGCUGGAGAGAUAUGAAGAAGCCCUGAAUGAUUUCAGGCUUGCCCUGUUGCACCUCAGGAAGAACCCCUGCAUUGAUUAUAAGCAGCUGGGUCUGAAAUUUGUGUUGUGUGCCUGGGAGGUGGCGUACAACACUGCUGCGGCUCACUGCCUUCUUGGACAGUGGCAAGAUGCUCAGCAAGCACUGAAGGAGGCUGCUAGAGAGACCCCAAAGGGUCAAAUCCAUCACCUUGAUAGUGCUCUGAAGCAAGUGCAGGAACAUCUCUUCUUGGAACCCCGAAGUGUCCCUCAGGGGGAGAUCUUCAAGCCCCCAAAGAAGGACGUGGAAGAGCUAGAAGAAAAAGACUUCCUGGGCCAGGCCAAGGUCAUCUCUUCUGCUUUUGAGGAAGAUUGUGGCAUCGGCUUUCAUGGUCCCGAGCCCCAGGUGAAGGGGGGAAAGCAAGGGAAGUAUGGGGGAUACUCACGGUUUUGUUCCCACCCCAAGCCAAAGAGAGUAGCAACCUUUUUUGUGUGUGUGCGUACAAGGGAUUUGGCAUAUCUCAAAGCUUCUCACUUCUUGCAGAAAGGCAGCAGUGGGAUUCCCCCACCACCUGGAAAAGCACCCCCCACCCUGCCCUGCGAGAGGCAAAAUAUUCAGAAAUCAGCACCAGUAAAGGAAGACGACGGCAGGGCAGACAUGAACAUCACUGGUCAAAAUAGAUCCCUGGAGGACUUAUCCUCUUCUGGGGAGGCUGGUGACAUCACCAAUGGGUUCAUCCUGCUGAAGAUUCACACCUCCUACUCUGUCAAGGUGAAAAUGAGUCCUGCCCCAUCCCUGGCUGACUUCAGGAACCUGCUACAGGAAGAGUGCUGCCAGCAGGCUACACGGGUGUCAGUGAGGUACAAGAUUUCAGGUAGUGAUGAGCUGAUCCCUGUUAGCAAUGAUGAAGAACUGAGGAACAUCUGGCAAAGCAUGGAAGGUGGUCAGCUGACCCUCUGGUGCCAGGCCCAAAGGGAUACCACGAGCAGGCCAGUACUCUACCACAUGAUUGCGUGUCACCCCUACACUGCUCAGGGCCAGGAGGACCUGUCUUUCAAAGAAGGUGACAAGCUGGAGAUCCUCUCUGAAGUGAACGAGGAGUGGCUGGAAGGACGCUGCAAUGGAACCACUGGCAUUUUCCCAAAAUGCUUUGCUGUGCGAGAGUGCUGUUGACAACUGCUCCUAGAACAGAAAAAGGGGGCUUGUCCCCUAGCUCACCCACCCAUUCAAUCAAUCACAGAUGCUACAAUCGACCCUUCCCUUGCCAUUAAGUGCUGUGUUGCCCUUCAGACAUGCUGAAAAUGCAUCUAAGUGUUGGUGAAGUGUUGGCUUCUUAGUAAUGGAAACGUUUCAGUGACCCAUAAAGUCACCCUUUUUGCUUUGGCUGAAAAAAUCAGAAAGACCCUGGACAAUAUAGCAGUGAAAUGUAAGGGAAACUCAGAGAUCUAAAUAGAGACUAUUAUUUGUGGCGCAGCAUCCCUUUUUCUUGUAUUUAUUUUUGAUUCAGAUUUGUCAUGGCCAAUGGCUAGUACAAUAAAGUUAAUUGGAUUGGGGUGUUGGUGAAAGGCAAAUAUAUUUCCUUCUCUUGAGUUUGUAGUUAAUGCAUGAGUUACUUUAAACCACCAGAGGGCACUGUUGGUCUAGCAAUCUUGCCAGCGUUGCUUAUUGUCUUUGCUUUGUCAAUUUUAAUGCCACCCCUAAAAGCUGAGCUAUUUUCUUUGUUGCUCUGUCCCAACUUUUUGAGACAAGAUAUGUGCUAUUUCUCUCCUUCUAUCUCCAAUCAUUCUGUAAAAAGUUUCUGCAUGAAUAAAGCCUUUGAAUUCCAGAAA